UAUUCGCUCGCCUGGCCUGUUCCGAGUCCUGUUCCUCUGGGUUCUUGCCUCGGGUCUUCCUAAAGUCAGGAGCUACCCCAGCAGCUCACCGAGAGACCACCGAGAGACCACCGUCUACAGAUUCCCGGUCACCCACGGAGAGCGCAAAAGUACCGGCCAAGAUGACUCAAGACGAGGCGGCGGCGGCAGCGGCGGGCAACGAGAACGCAGAGGCCGACGACCCCGGUCUGCUUAUGGCGAUCCUGAGCUCCCCGCUCAACCUGAUGCUGCUGGGCCUUUGCUGCUACCUGAUCUACAAGAUAAUCCGGGGGGAUCGGCCCCAGCCCAUCCAGAGCAGAGACGACGAAGACGGGCCGCCGCUGCCCAAGCUCAAGCGCCGCGACUUCACCCUGGAAGAGCUGCGCCCCUUCGACGGCGUCCAGAACGAGCGUAUCCUCAUGGCCAUUAACGGGAAGGUCUUCGACGUGUCUCGCGCCAGGAAGUUUUACGGGCCGGAUGGUCCUUAUGGGAUUUUUGGUGGAAGGGAUGCAUCCAGAGGCCUUGCCACCUUCUGCCUGGAUAGAGAGAUUCUGAAGGAGGGACAUGACGAUCUUUCUGAUCUUGAUGCCACACAGAGAGAGACCCUGAGCGACUGGGAACAACAGUUCCAAUUUAAAUACCACCAUGUGGGCAAGCUGCUGAAGGAUGGAGAAGAGCACACUGUAUAUUCAGAUGCUGAAGAAGAAAAAACCCAAGAAGAAGAAAAACCCAAGGAUGCUCAGGAUCGGAAGAAUGAUUAGUGAAGAACGAUCUUGAAAUCAUUAGGGUUUCUUUUUUUAAAUCUUGCAUUCCAAUUUUCUCUCAGUCUAAACACCAGUUCUGGUUUUAGAAAUAGUAUGUGAAUUAUCUUUAAUUAAACACAUUUAAAUCUACAUUCCUACAUAACCUUGCCAUGUCAGCACUAAACUUCUUAAAGAUAAUGUGAUACAGUGGUACCUCUGGUUAAGAACUUAAUUCGUUCUGGAGGUCCAUUCUGAACCUGAACUGUUCUUAACCUGAGGUACUAUUUCUAAGUUAGCGGAGUUUGUAACCUGAAGCGUUUGUAACCCGAGGUACCACUGUACAAAUCUGGCAAUUGGGCUACAACAGAACCCAGUUAUUUGGUAAAUAAAGGGGGCAGCCACCCAAGUCCUGAUGUUGUUGUGCACUUUCCAUACUUUUAAUGGUGCUUCCCAAAAGGCCUCCAGCUUGGUAGAUAGUGAAUGGCAGGUAUUUGUUAACGUGGAGUUUUUCUCCUUUUUUCCCCAUUCAGUGAAGUGAAUCAGAGGGGAUCAAAAAGCUUUCCAUUCCUUUACAGCAGCAAUGUUUUGUUUUGUUAAAAUAAUAAUAAUAAUCUUACCUCUGUUUAUUAACUACAACUCCACCAUAACCCAUAUUCGGGCACAUAUUCUCAAAUUAUGCCUACUGCAAGUUGCUUCUGUAUGGUUCCCUCGGAAUCUUUAUUGUAAAUAUUUGGGAGUGGGGCUAUUAUAUGGUUCCUUAAUGAUGUAUUGCUCCAAAUAUGGGGUAUAUAUAAACAUCUGCCUUUGCUAGACCAGCCCAAUGGUGAAAGCCCCUGCAAUAGAUUUCAUUAGAAUGGUCUGGGAGCAAGCAGGAUCCGUGAACACUGGACCAGCAAAAAAAUCUACCAAUGCAGCGUAUGACAAAUGGUAAAACAGCUUCAAAACCUGCAGAAAGCCCGAGGAAUAUCUUCCUUGAUUAGUGGAACAUGUUAGUGUAUGUUGUGGAGCCUAGAUUAGAUAGCCAUAGUUCAUGUAUGGCUUAAAAUUUGAUUCUGUGGAGCCUGAACUGCAUCCUUGGCUGAGAGGUUCUUUGGAAGCUCACCAACAUACACUGAUUAUAGUGCUUAAGGACUGGACAACCAUUACUUCAAAGAUGCUUGGCUCACCAUCGCUGUACAGCUGCAGGGUGCUCUCAGCUUCUGUGCCCUCUAUGAGCUGACUGUACCAUAGAACCUUUGCAAAGUGCAGAGGACAAAAAUGAAAUUGGGAUUGGCCUUACUAUGGGUAAAUAGCUUGAAACAACAAACACCCACCCACCCCAUUUAGAUAACCCCAACAAUGGGAAAGAUUGGAUUAAGGUUAUUGUACCAAUAUGUGUUUUCUUUUUUACAUGACUUAUGUUUCUUUCCUGCAUUCUUUAUACAAAGCAAUAAGUGGUGUCUCUUUGAAUUUCCAGUAUCAUGAACAACAGUUCAGCUGCUGCUGGAUAUUCAGUUUCUAAUGCAAGAUUUUGUUAGGUUUUUUAAAAAAACUUGUUGGGUGAAGUAUCAUAACCUACCCCUGGAAGGUUAAUUGAUAGUACACUAAAUGUUCUUUAAUUGUACUGCUGUGUCUCUUGGGGGGGGUGUUUUCAACUCAAGAAGCAUGCAUUUGUUUUCUAAAUGGCAAAAUAAAAGCCUCCUUAAAAGUU